GUAGUGCAGACCCAUCAGCCCCUCUCUCCUCGCCGCCACCACAGCGGUCCCACCCUUGUGCGUCUGUCGGACAUACCCGACUUCKAUGGUACRAUGCGUGUGACGCAUUGGUUGCAGGCUGCCACACGCGCACURACACUGACUAACACUAGUCAGGACUUGUGGUGCUCCGCUCUCGCAACUAAAUUGCGAGGCAGCCCGUUCUCCGCGUGGGAGAACUAUUUUGCCCAUCGUGCUCGUGCAGGUGAGGCGCCCACCCUCGAGGAGUUYACYGCGUUCCUCCACGACCGCUACGGCACCCUCCAUGAUACGACCGAUGCCAUCGAUCGGGUCACCCAGACGCAGUGGCGCGGAUCCUCCGCACCCUCCGACCUCGAGCAUCACAUCCGGGUGUUUCAGGAUGCCCGCCUCAUUUGCGAUGAGGCACUCCUACCUGAGGUCCUUCUGACCAACAGGUUUGUAGUCAGUCUCCCGACUGAUUACCGUAUCRAGCUCUGGCGACAGAGCUUCGCCUCUGCUGAGCAAGCCUUCGAGGCUGCUCGACAGUACCAGAAGAUGCGGAACCGCUUCUCCGACACCCCAUCUUCUUCGCGAUCCACCGCCSCCGCCACCCAGUCACGUGGUGCUACCCGCAGUCGAUCCUCCUUCGCUGGCCGGUUUCGCCGACCCGCCCGACCUGGAGCGUCGUUCUCCCGGCGCUACAGUUCUCUGGAGUACGGCGAGGACGCCUCGGCCGAGUCUGACCCUGCCCUUGGGGACGCCCCUGAGGACAUCGAGCUACGAGACGUCGUCCAGUAUCACUUGGAUGACGACACAGUUCCGAUGGCCGAGCGUUUGGCGCUGGCCAUGUCUGCCAUGGGUCGUGCUCGUAGUCAGGUUGCACAGGCUGGCGCUCGCACACCCACGGUUCCUCAGAUAGACCUCCCGCAGGGUUAUGUCCCUCCUCGCGGAGCCCUAUCUCCUGAGGAGCGUGCAGCCCUUGAGGCCCGGCGCGGCUGCCUUCGUUGCCGCCUGGAUGGACACACGUCCUCACGGUGUCCAUACCAUACCGCCCUCGACCGGCACUACGCUGACAUCUCUCGUCAGCGUCGAUCUCAGUCCCCCCCCGGCCCCACCAGGCCAACCCCAUCCACCUAGCCACGGUGCAGCGUGCCCCUGAGGCCUCACACGUAGCCGGCUUCCCGACCACCGAGUCGCGGUUUGCCCCUUUGGCUA